AUGGCUUUCUUGGAGCGAGUAAAGGAGGCUUCCACUGCUAAAGCUAAUAGCUUGAACAGAGAAUUCGGGUCUAAACCAAAAGAACACAUGCAAUAUUGUGUGGGUCAUCCUGAACAGAUGAUUAGUAAACUUGCCAAAGUUAAGGCUCAAGUGACUCAAGUGAAAGGUGUUAUGAUGGAGAACAUUGAGAAGGUCCUUGACCGUGGUGAGAAAAUCCAACUAUUAGUAGACAAAACUGACGACCUUCGCUCACAGAUUAAACCAUAUCUCUAA